UGUGCAGCGCGAGGACGGAGCUGCCGACAGAAGGCUAAUAACCAUGCCAACCGAGGAAUAUAGCGCGCGCCGCUGACUGGGGAGAAAAAAAAGGGGAGAAAAAAGAAAGAGUGAGAGAGAAAGAGAGAGAGGGGGGGGAACCCUGAAAAAGAGAAAAUAUUCUAAACUACACCUGCAAAGUGGAGGAAGAGGGGAUACUGGAAGAGAAGUGUUCGUUUCCUGCAGGGGGGAAGAAGAAGAACACCAGGGAGCUGCUAUGAUUCUCUCCUUGGCCGCAGCGGUAGCCAUGAGUAGCGGCAGCAGUAGCAGCCUCAACUCCUCCUCCCCCCUCGACCCCUUUGACUCUUCCACCUCCUGGAGCCUGUCAGAGGACCCCUCCAAUUCCUCCUCUGAACCUGUUGUGCGAACUCUCACUCCAGACCUUCAGCCAGCGACCACUGCUGUCGCUGUCCAGGAGGUGAGCCCCUGGGACAUCGCACUCUGCGUAACCGGGACGCUAAUCUCCUGCGAAAACGCCCUGGUGAUCGCCGUGCUCUUCUACACGCCGACCCUCCGCGCUCCAAUGUUCAUCUUGAUCGGAUCGCUGGCGGUGGCAGACCUUCUGGCCGGGCUGGGUCUCAUCUUGAACUUUGUCUUUGCCUAUUUGGUCGACAGCUCGGUGGAGUUUGUGACACUCUUGUCAGUUGGACUGCUUAUCUCAGCUUUCUCAGCGUCUGUCCUCAACAUUCUCGCCAUCACAGUGGACCGUUACUUAUCACUGUAUAAUGCCCUGACGUACCACACCGAACGGACAGUCACCUUCACUUACGUCAUGGUGGUCUUCAUUUGGGUGUCAUGCCUAACGCUUGGUUUACUACCAGCGCUCGGCUGGAACUGUCUAAAGGAUGAGUCCACGUGCAGCAUUUGCCGGCCCGUCACUAAAAACAACGCUGUGGCGCUUGCCGUCACCUUCCUUCUGGUCUUCGCCCUAAUGAUGCAGCUCUACCUACAAAUCUGUAAGAUCGCCUUCCGCCACGCGCAGCAAAUUGCCGUGCAGCACCAGUUUGUGGCCAUUUCCACCACUAAAGGUGUCUCCACACUGUCGGCCAUCCUGUGUGCCUUCGGGGCAUGCUGGCUGCCGUUUGCCAUGUACUCCAUUGUGGCCGACUCCAGCUACCCCGUAAUAUACACCUACGCCACGGUCCUUCCAGCCACCUGCUGCUCUGUGAUCAACCCCAUCAUCUAUGCGUUUCGAAACCCGGACAUCCAAAAGUCGCUAUGGAUGGCCUGUUGUGGGUGUGUCCCAUCCAACCUCUCCCUCAGACCAAGGACCUCCAGUGACGUGUAGCAGGGAAGGCCGGUUUCUAUUUGGCAUGAUACUUGACGCCGAGCCAGGAUUGUUAGAGGAAUAGAAGGAACAAGAGAGCUGAAGGGUUGAAAGGUGGAAGGAUGAGGAAAGUUGACUUCCUCUGCUCCUCAUAUCAGGGCUGGUAGGCUGAUGGCAAACGCCCGGUUGGCCACAGUAAACAUGGCAGACAAGGUAAAGGGCAAGGAGAGUGCAUGGUCAAAAAAAA